UUCUGAGGUUCUCAUACCGUGGGCAGAACUCACUGCUUUUAAUGUGUCUUCCGUGUGACCCAUAAGCAAAUGGCCUGCGUGAAGUAGUGUGAACAUAAUGCCAUCAAGAUAAAGGAAUCCAGAAGCUGGCUUAUGAUCCCUGCCCAAGAGUGACAACUGCGCUUUGCAGCUGCGGAGUUGGCAUCCAUUGGAAGAGUUUGUGAAACCCCCUUUCUGCCCAGAGCUCCAGGACCAAUGCAUCUUCCCACCACCUUAAGCCACUGAGCAUUUCAGAGCCCCAGCUGCAGAAGCCUUGUCCUGCCAYCACCAUGAGCUCUGAAUGUGAUGGUACUUCUAAAGCUGUUGUGAAUGGCUUGGCACCUGGCAGCAAUGGGCAAGACAAAGCAACUGCCGACCCUUUACGCACACGCUCUAUUUCUGCUGUUAAAAUAAUUCCUGUGAAGACAGUGAAAAAUGCUUCAGGCCUAGUGCUCCCUCCAGACAUGGAUCCUACAAAAAUCUGCACUGGGAAAGGAGCAGUGACUCUUCGGGCCUCAUCAUCCUACAGGGAAAUCCCAAGCAGUAGCCCUGUGAGCCCUCAGGAAACCCCACAACAUGAAAGUCUGGAGCCAGAGAAUUCUUCAGCAGAUGAGUGGAGGCUCUCUUCCAAUGCCGAUGCCAACGGGAACGCCCAGCCCUCUUCACUUGCUGCCAAGGGCUACAGAAGUGUGCACCCCAGCCUUCCUGCCGACAAGCCCCAGGUUCUCUCUCCCUCACAUCCUCCUCUCCCUCAAGAGAACCGCUUUGCAUGGCAGCCCCCCACCAUCCACAGUACCUACAAGGAUUCCCUCUAUAUGAGCUCACCAAAGCCUUACAUCCCACCCAGCACCCCCAGCCAGCAGAACCCCUCACCUUCCCAGCCUGUCUCUGGCCCUCUGACAGCUAGAUUGGUUCCCAAAGAUGUGGCGUGUCCUGGUCCUUUGCUUCUGGGUUCCAGUGCUUCAUCCCGACCCCAGCACCACUAUGCAGCCACCAGGUUAGUUUAUAGUAAGAAUGUGAGCUCUAACCCACAUCAUGAGGCUGUCGGGAAUAAAAAGGUCAGCAGCUUAUAUGUACCCAGUUUAUCCAAUAACAUUUGCCGGGCAGCAUUGGAAAACUCUCCUGUUGCACGUGACCCAGCCAAAGACACUCCCUUGGAGGCUGCAGGCACCCGAGCACCAGCCCCCAGCCUUGUGCCCCGCACAGCCGGCACAGGAGAACCACCCCCUGCUCCUUCUCCUGACCCUCCCAAGCUGUUCUUUGACAUCCGUAAAGAUGCCGGUAAUCGUGGCGAGAGUCCUUCCAUGAGGACUCGGGCUUCGUUCUCAGAUGCAGUGAGACCAUCUGUGCUAAGCCCCCAGGUUACCUCUGAUCCCGAAAACCAGAAGAGCAGAGAACCCUACCUUUUGCAGCCGUGUUAUCCAGCCAAGGAUGCCACUUCCUCCAGCCCAGCCCAGCCCGAGGUAAUAGUUGUCCCUCUCUACCUGGUUAAUACUGACAGAGGGCAAGAAGGCACUGCCAGACCUCCAGCGUCCCUGGGGCCGCUCGGCUCUGCUGCCCGGGCCACCGCUGCCCGGGCCACCGCCCCUGCCGCGUCACCUCUGACCUUCCCGACUCUAGAUGAUUUCAUCCCCCCUCAUCUGCAGAGGCGGCCCCAGCACAGCCAGCCAGCCAGUGCUCGCGGCCCCCUCCCCCCUGUUAGCCAGACACCACCAUCCUUGUCACCACCACCUCCGCUGGUCCCUCCYGCUCCGGAGGACCUCCGCAGAGCCUCGGAGCCCAACCUCUCGGGAGCCGCCUCCAGUACCGGUUCCAGUCCUCUACUAAAUGAAGUUGCUUCUUCCAAUACUGGAGCUGAUUCCCAAGCCUCUACACCAGCCAGCAAGCCAUCAUCYGCCUACCCCUCGACAACCAUCGUCAACCCCACCAUUGUGCUCUUGCAGCACAAUCGAGAACAGCAAAAACGACUCAGUAGCCUUUCAGAUCCUGUCUCAGAAAGAAGUGUGGGUGAGCAGGACUCUGCACCAGCCCAGGAAAAACCCACCUCRCCUGUCAGGGCUGCUGAAAAAAGAGCAAAGGAUGACAGUAGGCGGGUGGUGAAGAGUGCACAAGACCUAAGCAAUGUGUCCACGGAUGAAGUGGGCAUCCCACUUCGGAACACUGAGAGAUCAAAAGACUGGUACAAGACCAUGUUUAAGCAGAUCCACAAACUAAACAGAGACACUCCUGAAGAAAACCCUUAUUUCCCUACGUACAAAUUCCCUGAACUUCCUGAAAUCCAGCAAAAUUCUGAAGAGGACAAUCCUUACACUCCUACCUACCAGUUUCCUGCAUCUACUCCUAGUCCUAAAUCUGAAGAUGAUGAUUCCGAUUUGUACUCUCCCCGAUACUCCUUUUCUGAAGACACAAAAUCUCCCCUUUCCGUGCCUCGCUCAAAAAGUGAGAUGAACUACAUUGAUGGUGAGAAGGUAGUUAAGAGGUCAGCCACGCUACCCCUCCCUACCCGCUCUUCCUCACUAAAGUCAAGCCCAGAACGAAACGACUGGGAGCCCCCAGAUAAGAAAGUGGAUACGAGGAAAUAUCGUGCAGAGCCCAAAAGCAUUUACGAAUAUCAGCCGGGCAAGUCUUCUGUUCUGACCAACGAAAAGAUGAGUCGGGAUAUAAGCCCAGAAGAGAUAGAUUUAAAGAAUGAGCCUUGGUAUAAAUUCUUUUCGGAGUUGGAGUUUGGGAAACCGCCUCCCAAAAAGAUAUGGGAUUAUACUCCUGGAGACUGCUCUAUCCUUCCUAGAGAGGAUAGAAAGACUAAUCUAGAAAAAGAUCUCAACCUCUGCCAAACAGAGUUAGAGGCAGAUUUAGAAAAAAUGGAGACGAUAAAUAGAACACCCAGUGCAGACCCGCCACAGAGCUCAGCAGUCAGCCCCUCUCUGGACAUCUCCCCAGAGCCUCCUGGAUAUAUAUAUUCUUCCAACUUCCAUGCAGUGAAGAGGGAAUCAGAUGGGGCUCCUGGGGACCUUACUAGCUUGGAGAACGAAAGACAGAUUUAUAAAAGUGUCUUGGAAGGUGGCGACAUCCCUCUUCAGGGCCUGAGUGGGCUCAAGAGACCCUCCAGCUCAGCUUCCACUAAAGAUUCUGAAUCACCGAGACAUUUUAUACCAGCUGAUUACUUGGAAUCUACAGAAGAAUUUAUUCGAAGGCGUCAUGAUGAUAAAGAGAAACUUUUAGCGGACCAGAGACGACUUAAGCGAGAGCAAGAAGAGGCCGAUAUUGCAGCUCGACGCCACACGGGCGUCAUCCCGACGCACCAUCAAUUUAUCACUAAUGAGCGCUUUGGGGACCUCCUCAAUAUAGACGAUACUGCAAAAAGGAAAUCUGGGUCAGAGAUGAGACCUGCCAGAGCCAAAUUUGACUUUAAAGCGCAGACACUAAAGGAGCUUCCUCUGCAGAAGGGAGACAUUGUUUACAUUUAUAAGCAGAUUGACCAGAACUGGUACGAAGGUGAACACCAUGGCCGGGUGGGAAUCUUCCCACGCACCUACAUUGAGCUUCUUCCUCCUGCUGAGAAGGCUCAGCCCAAAAAGUUGACACCUGUGCAGGUUCUGGAAUAUGGAGAAGCCAUUGCCAAGUUUAACUUCAAUGGUGAUACACAAGUAGAAAUGUCCUUCAGAAAGGGUGAGAGGAUCACACUGCUUCGACAAGUGGAUGAGAACUGGUAUGAAGGGAGGAUUCCGGGGACAUCCCGACAAGGCAUCUUUCCCAUUACCUACGUGGAUGUGAUCAAACGGCCGCUGGUGAAAAACCCCGUGGAUUACAUCGAUCUGCCUUACUCCUCCUCCCCAAGUCGCAGUGCCACUGCGAGCCCACAGUAUCCCAGUCACAGCAAGCUCAUCAUGCCAGCCCCCUCAUCUCUGCCCCACCCCCGCCGGGCCCUAUCCCCCGAGAUGCACGCCAUCACCUCCGAGUGGAUCUCGUUGACUGUAGGGGUCCCGAGCAGGCGGUCUCUGGCCCUGACCCCACCCUUGCCUCCUCUGCCGGAGGCUUCUAUCUAUGACACAGACCACCUCGCCUGGUCGGUGAGGGCCCGUCCCUCCUUGCCUCUCAGCCUCCCCCAGUCAAGUUGGCUGGAUCGCUCCACUCCACACUCAGUGGGCCCCCCUCUGGCCCUGCCUCCUCCCAACAAAGCCUACUCGCUAGUCGCCAGUGCCCAGGCCCCCCUUCACAUCAAUGGAGAUGGUGGUGUCUACAUGUCACCAUCAGGCAUCCGCCAAGAUAGCUUCUCCCAGCCACUGCUUGGGGGCUCUGAUAGGGUCAUCUCGGAGCUUAGCGGUGCCUUUAGCAGCCAGAGCAAGAGGCAGCCCUGGAGAGAAGAGAACGGACAAUAUGAAAGGAGAGCAGAGAGCCAGGCAGGUGAGAGAUGCCCUGGUGGACCCAAGAUCUCUAAGAAGAGCUGCUUGAAACCUUCAGAUGUGGUCAGGUGCCUGAGUACUGAACAGAGACUCUCAGAUCUCAACACCCCUGAGGAGAGCCGGCCCAGCAAGCCUCUGGGUAGCCCUUUUCCAGGAAGGGAGGCUGGGCAGACAGAGCUGCGUAGAGGUGGCGAGGCUGAGAGGAAAGCUGCUCAGAGUGGUAUGAGCCAGCCUUCUCAUCAUUCAUUGAGAGCAGGACCUGAUCUCACAGAAUCUGAAAAGAGCUAUGUGGAAGCAGUUUGCAAUGAGAUCAUAAACAUUGCCGAGAAAUCUGUUCAUUACUGCAGCACUGUCUCUCAUCCCCUUGACUUUCAUCACAAGGUAUCCCCUUCUGACAAUAAAUCAUCUUUAAUCAUUUCUCAGCAACCUCAAGCCCAGCAGCGAAGAGUCACCCCAGACAGGAGUCAAACCUCACCAGAUUUAUUUAGCUACCAAGCAUUAUAUAGCUAUGUACCACAGAAUGAUGAUGAGUUGGAACUCCGGGAUGGAGAUAUUGUUGAUGUCAUGGAGAAAUGCGAUGAUGGAUGGUUUGUUGGUACUUCAAGAAGGACAAGGCAGUUUGGUACUUUCCCAGGCAACUAUGUAAAACCUUUAUAUCUAUAAGAAGACUGAAAAACACAGAGAUUAUUUUUAUUGGAGGAUGAAGCAUAAUUCGUGAACCAGUCUCUUUAUUUAAAUGUCAAAUCACUAUGAAAAUCAAUGCAGUGGAUAAAGUAAGAAGAAGUAAAAGACAGGAACAGAGAAAUGUUGUGUUUAAAACCCAAACCUGUCUAAACUUAUUAUAUAUAUCAGGGCUGAACUGUGUGCUGAACAGAAAGAAUUGAGGCAACUCUACAUUCACUUAGCUGCUUCUGGAAGCUGCUCCAGCCUUCAAACUCCCUUCUGCCUCUUGGAUAAUCUGACCUGGAACACAGUCCAAGAGCAGAGUUAGCCACAGAUGCUCCCUGCUGCCCCAAUCUUAAAUUCCAUCUUGAAGGGGUUCUUGAGCCUAAAGGGGCCCCAGGCAAAUAGGUUUCCAGCCAGGUUCCAAAGGUUCCAAGCCUGAGCAUCCACUGACUACCCCAGCUUCCAUGUCUGGCUGCCCUGGGGCCAACUGAGCCCCAGUGCUCUAGAGGUCAGUCUGGGCUGCUGAGCUGUCUCUUGACAAUGGUGGUGGCCCCCAAUUGGCCCCAAACCAUAUCCUCCCUGGACCUGCAGAGGUACAGUUGAGGAAGUAGAGGCAAAACAGGUACCUUGUGCCAUCAGCCUGCUGUGCAACUUUGCCAWCGACUGCCCUUCUUCCAGAUGAAAAAGCUCAUGAGGUUUGUACUGAGAAUUGGGGAGCAGAUGGCCAAGCAGAUAGAUUACAUUUGUAUUUCUAAGUGAUUAAGUCGAGAAGCCCUGCAGCCCCAGGGGUCAUUUGCAGUGUGUUCUUUUCCCAUAUCAGUGGCUGUUAUAAACAGUCAUCACUAGGCAUCUGCAGCUGCAGCUGUAUUUAUCAGAGCACCAUUGCUAACCUUUCUGGCUUGUAUUUGGCUGGGACAGUUUGGGAUUGGUAGGCUUAAUCCAAAGUGGGAUGUAAUGAUUCAUUUAACACAUGUGACAUAUGCUGACUGCUGAAAUAUACAUAAGACUGCUCCAGGCCUAGAAGGCCAGUUUUAUCUCCUGGUACAAGUUCAAAGACCACUCCUAGCGUAGUCACCCACAGUUUGGAAUUCUCAUGCACCCAGUGAGGCUUCUGUUCUCGAUAAAGGCGUAGGUGCAGUAGCCUUAGUGUGAAGCAGUGAUUCUGUCACUACUCGGACAACCAGGAGCUCUGUCCUUUGAGGGUACUGGAUCUGAGGAGGAAGCCCUCCAAAUGUCCUGACAAGGACAUUUGUUUAGGGGUACUUAGUCGCAACUCUGUCCAUGUUGUAUUAAGGGAAUUUUUUAGCUUCUAUGUUAGAUCUCUUAGUGACACAAAGAUAGAAGUGCCCCAUUCCUUGCCCACCAGGAACUCAGAAGCAAUUGGGGAGAUAGACACAGAGAAAGGAACUUAAGAGAGACUGUGAUAAGUGCUAAGAAGGGUGCGAGAGGAAGAGAUGUAUUUCUCCUGGAGAGAUCCUAGAAAGCAUUGUCAUAUUUCUGUCUCCAUUAACUCUCURUUGAAUAGCUAGGAUGCUGGGAGAACCUUUGUCUGAUGGUAGCUUAUGGCUAGAAAUACUUGGAACUUUUUCCAGAGUCUCCAAACUUUCAUACUCCCCACAAAUACAUUUCCAAGGUCACAAAUAGGAGUAGCAAGUCUAAGUGGCAAGGGUGUGUACUAGAAUGCCUGGUUCUCUGCAUCUAUCUCAGAAAUACACCAAGACUAUUGUCCCCAAGUCUGGAGUCUUUAAAAAAAAAUAAAAAGUAGGCAAAAUUUGUCUUUAGUUAAUCUCUUCCCCAGUUGCUCUCCCAGAUACCCUUCUUAGAAUCCCACCAGCCUCCUAGGGCCCACCAGUCAGCCACAAUCCCCUCACUUUCUCCCUAUCCUCUAAAGGAGGCUUGCAGGAAAGAAACAACCUCGGCUUCAUUCACACUAAAGUGUAAAUGACUGAUGAGAAGAGGGUGUUACCUCUUUCCAGAGACAUUUGUUUUUAACUAGGACAGAGCAAAGCCUUUACCCCAAGGGAAAAGGUUGUGGAACUGUAGGGGAGGGGGGUUUCUGGGUAGAAAGUGUUCUGGAUUUUCUUUAGGACCCAGUGAGAGUAAGACCUAUUGUUUGUGGAAGGUCUGCUUCACCAGGGAGGGCACUAUUUUCUGCCUCUCUCUGGGGGCUACAAUAAGGAUACAAAAGCACGGUGCGCUUGCGCACUGCAUUUCACCCACUUUGGAAUGUAAUCCCUGUACUGGCUCAUGCGCCUCCUGUUCUUCCUUAGAUGCAAACCAUUAACAACACAAUCUUAUUAAGAGUUUUUUGAGGGGUGCUUCUUGAUUAAGUAGGUAAUUUUGAACACCUCUUUAAAUACAGCUAGAAAAUAAAACCAAUUUGUAAAGCUAGAUUUGCAUAUGAUGCCAGCCUCACGCAUUUGUAUAUCUCCAGAAAUUCCCAAAUGCCUCACUACUGUGCCCGACUUUAAUAAAAUCAUAUGUUCAAAUUCGUAUCACUUCAGUUUCCUAUGUAUGAGAAAACAAGGGAGCAAAAGUUUCCCAUUACCCUUUUGUCUUCAAACAUUUAGUAAUAUAAAGUACCUAUUUUUAUGCUGAAAUGUUUAUACAGGUUUAUUAAUAGCAAGUGCGACUAACUGGCGGCAUGCCUCGAGACACAUUUUGAUAUAUUAGCAGUGCUUCCAGGUAAAGGCAAGCCCCAAACUACUAAUCUUUUGCAGUCUCUCUGGGAUCAGUAAAAGAAAAAAAAAAUCACAUGCGUGAAAAGUGGGACUGUAAAUAUGUAUAUUUAACUUUGUAUAGGCCAUGUACCUACCUGUAUAGAAAAUAAUUUUAAAAAUUUGAAUGAAUGGGGAGGACAAUAAGGAAGUCAUGAAGUUUUUCCAUUUUUAUUUAAAUGAAGGAAUUCCAAAUAACUCACCUGCAGACUUUUAGCACAAAAAUAGCCAUUGCAAACUGUUAAAAUUUAUAAUAAAAUCAUUCUUUUGGGAAGAGAAGGUAACUAUAAUCUCAGUUUUUGUUUUUUGUUUUGCAGUGCUAUUUAUCUGCAGUAGUAUUAAGUCCUAUUGCUAGAACAGGUUACUACAAAAAAAUUAUAUUCUGAAAGAAAAAUAACUGACAUUAUAUAUAACUGAUUAAUUUAAAGUAUUGCCAUUUAAAUGACACACUGAGAGCAUGUACUAUGCAGACACAGAUUUUUCUGUUCAUUUAUUUUUCUUUAUUGCAGUGGAUUGAUUUGAUAAAUAGAUGUGCUGAAUUACUACCUUUGCUGUACAUAUUAUUUAAUAAACUUUAUUCAGAA